ACACAACAUGGCAGCCUCCAUCAGAUCUUCGUGUGGGAGACUGAGUUUUAAUGUGAAAUGUCUGGUAGGUAAUUCAAAAUUUGUAACGGACGCUGUGACAAAUGACAAGACUAUCUUCAGAUAUCGAGCAUCUUCCAGAUACUACAAUUCAGCCUCGACAUCAUCUGGAUCUCCAAGGUCAAAAUGGACGGGCAGAAUCAUUGGUAUCGGUGUUCUGACAGCCACUGCUGUUGGUAUAGGGGUUGGUUUCCGCAACACAACGGUGCAUGAUGUACGUGAAAGUAAGAUUCCGGACAUCAAACCUUCGAGACAGAUCCGAAUUCCGACUGAUAAAAGUGGGAUGAAGUUGAUCCUGUACCAGUAUCAAACGUGUCCGUUUUGCUGUAAGCUUCGUGCUCUGCUGGACUAUUAUGGAUUAUCGUAUGAUGUGGUGGAGGUGAACUCUGUGUUUAGGUCAGAGAUCAAAUGGUCAAAGUACAAGAAAGUUCCAAUACUUGCGUACCAGGCAGAGGGCAAAGAGGAACAAAUUCAACUGAAUGAUUCAUCUGUUGUGAUGAGUAUUCUCUAUUCCCACCUUGUGGAUGCCACACAAACCAUAAGCCUUAUCAACUCCUUUUAUCCUGAAGUUGAAGUCUUUGAUGAAAUAAAAAAGAAAACUGUCAAUGAUUUUGCAAACAAAUACUACGUCAUGUACCAAGAAAAUGCUUCGGAUGGCAAGACAACAGACCAACAGCUAGAAGAAAGGACAUGGCGAGCCUGGACAGACAAAACCUUAGUCCAUGUGUUAUCCCCCAAUGUGUACAGAACACCCUCAGAAGCCAUCCAGGCCUUCCAAUACUUCUCUCAGGUGGGCGAGUGGGAACAGGUGUUCAGCUUCCCUAUGAGAAUAUUUGUUAUUUACACAGGAGCUACAGCCAUGUACUUCCUUGGAAAACUUCUGAAAAAGAGGUAUAACCUUCAUGAUGAUGUGCGGAUGUCUCUGUACAAUGAGUGUGAUGUGUGGGUGAAGGCUAUAGGCAGGAAAAGGAAGUUCCUUGGAGGAGAUAGACCAAACCUGGCUGACUUGUCUGUAUAUGGCGUUCUCAGCUCUAUAGAGGGAUGUGAUGCAUUCAAGGAUACUUUGGAAAGGACAAGAAUAAAACCUUGGUACAAUCGGAUGAAGAACACUGUCCAGAGACACGAAGGACAUGCCACCUUACCAUCAGUGAACAAAGUGCCAGCCAUACCUGAGCAAAAGUCUUAAUCAGGAUGGUUUGGAAAUUAAUGUAGUAGAAAUGUCAGUCUUAACAAAAUCAGACCCUAUUUUACUACUCUCCUUAUAAGAAUCUGUAUGUAGGGUCAAAUAUCUGGUGUAGUUCGAUUGUAGCAUUGUUUGUCUCAUAUUUAUUAAGUAAGGAGAAAAUGUGUGGAUAGAGUUCUAUUACCAGAAGUAAAGAGAAAUUCUGUGAUUGAUAUACUAAGUAUCAGAACUAUUGUUUAUCAAUAAAUCUGACAAUUAAAUACACCAAAAAGAUACACUACACAGCAAAUACAUCAGAAAUUUAUAGCACUCUGCAAAUCCACCAAAAAGUUAAGUACACGCCAAAUACAUCUGAAAUUAAUAGCACUCCCAAAUACAACAAAAGUUACAGCACACUGCAAAUACAACAGAAAUGUAUAGCACUCCCAAAUACACCAAAAGUUACAGCA